AAAAUAACUGGUUCCAUUUUUUUUUUUGAAAGCAAAAUAAAGCACUCAUCUUUUGAAAUCAAAGACAAUAAACAGCAUAUGGAUUGGAUUGACCUCCCAAGUAGUAGUAGCAAAGGGGAUCUGAUUUUUCUGAAAAUCCAGGAAAAAAAAGAGUACAUGUAUAAAAUUUUCUAUAACCUAGGUUUAAAAAUUUGGAUUCCACGUGGCGCCACGCGUCGCGCCUCGAUGAACAUCAACAAAAUCUUGAAGGGAAACGCCUUUACGGAACGCCUGUAAAUCACUGCAAUCCAAAAUAUUAAAGACACAGGAGAAGGAGAAGGAGAAGGAGAGGAGAGAGAGAGAGUAAUAGCAUCAAAGAAACCCCUUUUCUAUCUCCUCCCUCCUUAAACCAUCUAUCUUGCUCCUGCUAAGCGGGAGGCGGUAUUUUGAAAGCCGCCGAAACCAGUCAAAAGUGGUUUUCAGACCCCAUCAAUGGAGGAAGAGGAAACCCCACCUGACAAUCUCAGGUGCAGGAGAAGCGAUGGUCGAGAAUGGAGGUGUUCGCGACCUUCAAUGGAGGGCCGGGCUCUAUGUGAGAUCCAUUACCUUCAAGGCCAAAAGAAUCGAACCAAGAAACAAGAACCAGUGCCUGACCAUCUUAGGUGCCGGAGAACUGAUGGUCGAGAGUGGAGGUGCACUCGCCCUGCAAUGGAGGGCCGAGCUCUAUGCGAGAUCCAUCACCUUCAAGGCCAAAAACGAAGCAAGAAAGAACCAGUUCCGGAGUCCCUGAAGUUGCCAAGAAAGAACAGGCGAUCUCACUCUAGGCCCGUUCAGUUGAAAAUGCAUAAAAGUUUGAGGUAUUCAGCGUUGAAAAUGCAGAAGAAAUGGAGGAAUUCAGAGGUUCCAGAAAGGUUUCCUGAGAAGUUUGAGAGGGUUUUUAAGAUGGUUUUGAAGAAGAUGAAGAUGAAAGAAGCUGAGUUACCUGAGGAACUGAUAUGGAGAGUGAUAAAGAGGAGGAUGGAGAGGAAGAAGAGUAAAGGGGUUUCUGGAGUGGGGGAAAGGACUAGGGAUUUUCCUAACGGGUUAAUGGCAAUUGCUGGAGCUCCAGAGAAGGAGGUUGGGGUUUUUAACAAGAAAUUAGGGUUAGUGUUGGGUUUGGCUCCUGGUUUGUUGGCUAGGAGGCCGGUUAGAUCAAAGAACGCAGAGCCUUUUAACCAAGAAGCAGUUCAGAUUAUUCCAUGGAAACGAAGUGGGUUAAAGUCUAGGCUUAAAUUUAAGAGCAAAAGUUGCCAUCAAUGUCAGAGGAGGGAUGAUUUCAUUGGUGUUCGAUGCUCAAGCUGCCAAACAUUGUGUUUUUGCAUGGAUUGCAUAAAUAAAUGGUGAUCUCUACUUAAGAGUAAGAAGUGGUUACUUGUUAUUGGAUUAGGGUGCUUUACUGUUAGAGGCUCAAUGGUUGCUAGACAUGAGCAUACUGAUUUUUUGUACUCAAUGAAGAAAAUUUGAACCCGUAAGCUUGUAGUACGGUUCCAUGGGAUUGAAAACUCAAUAACUAAGUGAAAUGGAGGGGGACAAUUUUACAUGGUCUAAUAACC